AUGACCGAUGUUCUCGCCUCCUUCGAGUAUCUUCGUGGUCUCAACUUUCCCGCUCGGAACGCUACCGAAGUUCAAGUUUUGAUCGGCACGGACGUCCAAGACGCUCACCUGAACCUGGAAGUCCGUCGCCCGCCAAUUGGAGUCAGAUGGCCUAAUGCUGUGCUCACCCCGUUUGGCUGGUGCGUUGUCGGGAGAACCUUUUCGUCGCCCACAACACAAACCCCAAGUGUGAAUUUCGUUAAGUUGGGAACGGUCCAGCAGCUGGAAGAGUCUGUCGAAAGGUUCUGGAAGACUCAAUCUCUACCAGUUCGUGAGGCUCCAAAGACCUUUAUGUCCGCGCUUGACCAUGUCGCCCUCGAACAACUCGAAUCGACCAUUCGUCACGCGGGAACGCGUUAUGAGAUUGGUUUGCCUGUUGCCGCCCAGAUUGCCCUGAGUUGCCCGACAACAGGGAGUUUGAACGCCGGAAAUUGUUCGCCUUGGAGAGAAGACGAUGAUCUUCGCCGAACAGUCGUGGAGCAGAUGCAGGAAGUCUUCAGCAACGGGCACGCCGUUAAAGUCACGUCGACGGCCCCUGGUUCUAAAGUCUGGUUCCUACCGUAUGAUCCGGUUCGUCAUCCCAGUAAACCCAACAAGAUUCUUCUCGACUACGAAGCCGCUGCCCGUUUCAAGGGAACGGCCAUUAAUGACAUUCUGCUGAAAGGUCCUGAUCUUACCACGCAGUUACUCGCCGUGUUGCUUCGCUUUCGUGAAAGAAUAAUUGGGGUUACAGCAGACAUUGCGAGAAUGUUCUACCAAGUUCUUGUUCGCGAAUCUGAUCGUCCGAUGUUUCGCUUCGUAUGGCGUGAUCCUGGAACGGAAGACGAUCUUCCGGAGUUAGAGAUGACGUUGCAUAUCUUCGGUGCUGUCUUUUCGCCGACGGGCUGCAGUUUUGCCCUACAACGCCUCGAAAAGGAUGCGCCCAACCACCUUUAA